GCAUGCAACCAUCAUAAAAUCUUUAUUCAGAGCUAGCUGUACCUUACAAUCCUUAUAAUCUCCUCAACCCUUCAUUUCUAGAUAAUUCCCAAGUCUCUUGAAGAGAGAGAGAGAGAGAGAGAGAGAGAGAGAGAGAGAAUGGGUUCAUAUGAAGGAUUAAGAAAUAAGCCACAUGCAGUCUGCGUUCCAUACCCUUCACAAGGGCACGUGACUCCUAUGAUGCUGCUGGCUAAGCUCCUCCAUUCCAGAGGCUUUCACAUCACCUUCGUCAACACCCACUUCAACCACAACCGCUUGAUCCGAUCUCACGGCCCCGAUGCCGUCAAGGGCUCUGCCCACUUCCGCUUCGAGUCCAUCCCCGACGGGCUGCCGCCGUCGGAUCAAGAUGCAACCCAACAUGUCCCGUCGCUGUGCGAUUCCACCCGCAAGAAUUGCCUGGCCCCGUUUCGAGAUUUGCUGGCCAAGCUGAACUCAUCCGCCGCAGCAGCCAAAGAGGGUGUGCCUCCGGUGAGUUGCAUAAUUUCGGACGGGGUGAUGAGCUUUGCCAUGAAGGCCGCGGAGGAGAUUGGGGUGCCGGAGGUGCAGUUUUGGACAACCUCUGCUUGUGGAAUGAUGGGGUAUCUUCAGUUCCGGGAGCUUGUCAACAGAGGGAUUUUCCCUUUUAAAGAUGAGGAAUCCAUCAAUGAUCAGACUCUCAACAUGCCCAUAGAUUGGGUCCCAGGCAUGAAGAAUAUUUGUCUAAGAGACCUACCAACCUUUCUUAGAACAACAAACCCUGAUGAAAUCAUGUUCAAUUUCAUGGGCGAAGAGGCUCACAACUCUCUUCGCUCCCCUGUCCUCCUCCUCAACACAUUUGAUGCCCUAGAACAAGAAGUCUUGGAUGCCCUCGUCUCCAUCGCUCCCCCUAUCUACACAUGUGGUCCCCUUUCCUUGCUUGCUCAACCCACCUACUCACUCGACUCUCCCAACCCUAGCCUCUGGAAAGAAGAUUCCCAUUGUCUCCACUGGCUUGACGAGCGACCUCCUAACACUGUCAUGUACGUCAACUAUGGAAGUGUCACGGUGAUGACCCCCCACCACUUGCUAGAGUUUGCAUGGGGGCUUGCCAAUAGCAACCAUCCAUUUUUAUGGAUAGUUCGACCAGACAUCGUGAUAGGUGAGUCCACUACAUUGCCUGAGGAGUUCUUUGAGGAAAUUAAAGAUAGAGGGUUGUUGGUGAGUUGGUGCUCACAAUUUCAGGUGCUUUCUCAUCCUGCAAUUGGUGCCUUUUUGAGCCAUUGUGGUUGGAAUUCUAUGAUAGAAAGCAUAAGUGCAGGAGUGCCCAUGAUUGGAUGGCCUUUUUUUGCAGAGCAGAGUACAAAUUGCGGGUAUGCUAAUAGGGAGUGGAGGAUUGGGAUGGAGGUUAAUCAUGAUGUGAAAAGGGAGGAGAUUGAAGCUCUUGUUAGAGAGUUGAUGGAAGGAGAGGAAGGGAAGAAGAUGAGGAAGAGGGUUCUGGAGUGGAAGAAGAAAGCAAAGGAAGCUACUAGUUUUGGGGGUUCAUCUUACACAAACUUUAAUAGAUUUGUAAGGGAGGCUCUUCAUUAUGAAGGGUAGUGUUGAUAAUUAAGUUAUUAUGUACAAGCUUUGCUAUGCUUGCAUUGCAUUAUUUUUAAAUAUUGUAUUGUCAUCAAUUUAAGUUUCCAUAUAUAUAUAUAUAUAGAUCUCUCUCUCUCUC